GCGAGCUAUUGAAGGAGGUUUGGUAUGCCUACGAGCAUAUGUCGUUUCUACAUGAAACGACAGCUCCACGUCGUACAAUCAAUACUGCAAAUCUUGAAGGAACUUCUCGGGAACCUGUUGUUAUCUCGACCGCUCCUGCAACCGCCGCUUCAUGCAGUUCAACUGCCUCAACAACAGCCACGACAACUGCCACAACAUCCUCCACUGGCUCCUCUAGUGGCAUGCUAGAGGGUCGCACAGCGUCCAAAGGACGCAAAAGAAAAUUUAGUGAAACGACUCGAUCAAGUCAGAUUAGCGAAUGCUUGACAGCCAUUCAAAGCAUUGCUAAUACUGCUACUGCUGCUGCACCUUGCACUAAAGCCAGGGCUCUGGGCAACUUUGUAGAGGCACAAGUUGCCACCUUCGAAGAUAAACAUCCAGAGUUCUGUGCUAAACUGAUCAGGUCCAUAACGACGGUCAUGAAUGAUCAAAUUGAUCAAUUUUAUGUGGACCAACAUGCCUCCUCGAUGCAUGAUCAUGCAUAUCUGUAG